CCCUUCCUCCUUUCCCGGAGCCAGAAGAGGACCGGGCGGAGGGCCGGCGGCCGGCCCCGGAGGAGGGGGGCGCCGAGGGGGCCGUGCCUAGAAGGAGCAGUAGCAGCAGCAGCAGGAGAAGAUGCUGAGGAUGCGGACCGCGGGGUGGGCGCGCGGCUGGUGCCUGGGUUGCUGCCUCCUCUUGCCGCUGUCGCUCAGCCUGGCGGCCGCCAAGCAACUCCUCCGGUACCGGCUGGCCGAGGAGGGCCCGGCGGACGUCCGCAUCGGCAACGUCGCCUCGGACCUGGGCAUCGUGACGGGCUCGGGCGAGGUGACUUUCAGCCUCGAGUCGGGCUCGGAGUACCUGAAGAUCGACAACCUCACGGGCGAGCUGAGCACCAGCGAGCGGCGCAUCGACCGCGAGAAGCUGCCCCAGUGUCAGAUGAUCUUCGACGAGAACGAGUGCUUCCUGGACUUCGAGGUGUCGGUGAUCGGGCCCUCGCAGAGCUGGGUGGACCUGUUCGAGGGUCGGGUCAUCGUGCUCGACAUCAACGACAACACGCCCACCUUCCCGUCGCCCGUGCUCACGCUCACGGUGGAGGAGAACCGGCCGGUGGGCACGCUCUACCUGCUGCCCACCGCCACCGACCGUGACUUCGGCCGCAACGGCAUCGAGCGCUACGAGCUGCUCCAGGAGCCCGGGGGCGGCGGCGGCGGCGGCGGCGGCGAGGGCCGGCGAGCCGGGCCUGGCGACAGCGCCCCCUACCCCGGGGGCGGCGGGAACGGCGCGAGCGGCGGCGGCCCCGGGGGCUCCAGGAGGCGCCCGGACGCCCCGGAGGGCGGCGGCGGCGGCGGCGGCGGCGGCGGCGGCGGCGGCCCCAACCCCGGCCCCGGCGGCCGCAGCAGCGUGUUCGAGCUGCAGGUGGCCGACACCCCGGAUGGCGAGAAGCAGCCGCAGCUGAUCGUGAAGGGGGCGCUGGACCGCGAGCAGCGCGACUCCUACGAGCUGACCCUGCGGGUGCGGGACGGCGGCGACCCGCCGCGCUCCUCCCAGGCCAUCCUGCGGGUGCUCAUCACCGACGUGAACGACAACAGCCCCCGCUUCGAGAAGAGCGUGUACGAGGCCGACCUGGCGGAGAACAGCGCCCCCGGCACCCCCAUCCUGCAGCUGCGAGCCGCCGACCUGGACGUGGGGGUCAACGGGCAGAUCGAGUACGUGUUCGGGGCGGCCACCGAGUCGGUGCGGCGGCUGCUGCGCCUCGACGAGACGUCCGGCUGGCUCAGCGUCCUGCACCGCAUCGACCGCGAGGAGGUGAACCAGCUGCGCUUCACCGUCAUGGCCCGCGACCGCGGGCAGCCCCCCAAGACCGACAAGGCCACGGUGGUGCUCAACAUCAAGGACGAGAACGACAACGUGCCGUCCAUCGAGAUCCGCAAGAUCGGGCGUAUCCCGCUCAAGGACGGGGUGGCCAACGUGGCCGAGGAUGUGCUGGUCGACACCCCCAUCGCCCUGGUGCAGGUGUCCGACCGCGACCAAGGCGAGAACGGCGUGGUCACCUGCACCGUGGUGGGGGACGUGCCCUUCCAGCUCAAGCCGGCCAGCGACACGGAGGGCGACCAGAACAAGAAAAAGUACUUCCUGCACACCUCGGCCCCCCUGGACUACGAGACCACCCGGGAAUUCAACGUGGUCAUUGUGGCGGUGGACUCGGGCAGCCCCAGCCUCUCCAGCAACAACUCCCUGGUCGUCAAGGUCGGAGACACCAAUGACAACCCGCCCGUCUUCGGCCAGUCGGUGGUGGAGGUCUACUUCCCCGAGAACAACGUCCCCGGAGAGAGGGUGGCCACGGUGCUGGCGACCGACGCCGACAGUGGGAAGAACGCAGAGAUUGCCUAUUCUCUGGAUUCCGCCGUGAUGGGGACCUUUGCCAUCAACCCCGAUUCUGGGGACAUCCUGGUCAACACCGUGCUGGACCGCGAGCAGACCGACAGGUACGAGUUUAAAGUUAACGCCAAAGACAAAGGCAUCCCAGUGCUGCAGGGCAGCACCACGGUGAUCGUGCAGGUGGCCGACAGGAAUGACAAUGACCCUAAGUUUAUGCAGGACGUCUUUACCUUUUAUGUGAAGGAAAACUUGCAGCCCAACAGCCCUGUGGGGAUGGUCACGGUGAUGGAUGCUGACAAGGGGCGCAAUGCAGAGAUGAGCCUCUACAUAGAGGAAAACAGUAACAUUUUUUCCAUCGAAAACGACACGGGGACCAUUUACUCCACCAUGUCCUUCGACCGGGAGCACCAGACCACAUACACGUUCAGGGUCAAGGCUGUGGAUGGGGGAGAUCCUCCCAGGUCGGCCACGGCCACCGUCUCCCUCUUUGUGAUGGACGAGAACGACAACGCUCCCACAGUCACCCUUCCCAGAAACAUUUCCUACACUUUACUGCCACCUUCGAGUAAUGUCAGGACAGUGGUAGCCACCGUGCUGGCAACGGACAGCGACGAUGGCAUCAACGCAGACCUCAACUACAGCAUUGUGGGAGGGAAUCCCUUCAAGCUGUUUGAGAUUGAUCCCACCAGCGGUGUGGUUUCCUUGGUGGGGAAGCUCACCCAAAAGCAUUACGGCUUGCACAGGUUGGUGGUGCAAGUGAAUGACAGCGGGCAGCCCUCCCAGUCCACCACGACUCUGGUGCAUGUGUUUGUCAAUGAAAGUGUUUCCAACGCGACUGUGAUUGACUCCCAGAUAGCCAGAAGUUUGCACACCCCGCUCACCCAGGAUAUAGCCGGUGACCCAAGUUAUGAAAUCAGCAAACAGAGACUCAGUAUUGUCAUUGGGGUGGUUGCUGGAAUUAUGACAGUGAUUCUGAUCAUCCUAAUUGUAGUGAUGGCAAGGUACUGCCGGUCCAAAAAUAAAAAUGGGUACGAAGCUGGCAAAAAGGACCACGAGGACUUUUUUACACCCCAGCAGCACGACAAAUCCAAAAAGCCUAAAAAGGACAAGAAAAACAAAAAAUCUAAGCAGCCUCUCUACAGCAGCAUUGUCACUGUGGAAGCUUCUAAACCAAAUGGACAGAGGUAUGAUAGUGUGAACGAGAAGCUGUCAGACAGCCCAAGCAUGGGGCGAUACCGAUCCGUGAAUGGUGGGCCUGGCAGUCCUGACCUGGCCAGGCAUUACAAGUCCAGUUCUCCGUUGCCUACUGUCCAGCUUCACCCCCAGUCACCAACUGCAGGAAAAAAACACCAGGCCGUACAAGAUCUACCACCAGCCAACACAUUUGUGGGAGCAGGAGACAACAUCUCAAUUGGAUCAGAUCACUGCUCUGAAUACAGCUGUCAAACCAAUAACAAGUACAGCAAACAGGGCACUGUGAUUGCAUUGGGCUACUUGGAUAAUCCAGGAAAAUCUCAUUUUAAGCCAUUUCGUAGAGUGACGUUUUCUGUUGUGAGUCAGCCUCAGGACCCACAUCAGGGGUCACUGCAGAGUUGCUAUGACAGCGGGCUGGAGGAGUCAGAGACACCAAGCAGUAAGAGCUCAUCAGGGCCAAGGCUGGGUGCCCUUCCACUCCCAGAGGACAACUAUGAGAGGACCACGCCGGAUGGCAGUGUUGGUGAGGCAGAGCAUAUGGAAAAUGAUUCAAGACCUCUUCCAGAUGUAGCCCUGACUGGGAAGUGUACCCGUGAGUGUGAUGAAUAUGGCCACUCAGACUCCUGCUGGAUGCCAGUCCGCACUUCUCCAGAGAGGAAGAAGAGCCAGCCCAAACUCUCCACUUUCAUGCCUGUUGAUGAACGAGGAAGCCAGGAAAAGCUGGCCAAUGGCGAGGCUGCCAUCAUGGGUGACCGCAACAGAAACCUCCUGAACAAAAAGUUGACCUCGUCCUAUGAGACCUUCAGUGCAGCUAGUUUCAGCAAAAAUGAGGAAGCCAACCCUGAGGAUAUUCCCCUUACAAAAACGGGGGAAUACAAGCCAUCUCCUGUCAAUACUCUCACUAGAAGAGAAGUUUACCUGUAGGCUAUAAAGAAGAACAGCAAAGUUCUUUUCAUGUAUGAGGAGAAUAAGGGGCAAAAAACCUUACAAAGAAAAACCGUUUAAUCAAAAGAGGGGGCUACCAAAGAGACAAAGCUUUGCCUGCCACUUCUGCCUCCAGAUCAGGCCUUUAGUGAUACUGUUAGCCUGAUUGUAAUGUACAAUGUAGAAACCAUCCUUGUUACUUGCAUGUUGAACCCCCUCACUGAUUAUUCCCGACACCCGCUAUCCCUCUUCCCCAUCCCCUUCCAAGGAGAAAAAAAAAAAAAAAAAAAAAAAGAUGGUUGCAAGUUUCUUUCAUGGUAACAAGCCUGAUUAGCAGAACACAACACACUCUCAUUAUCCCUAAGCUGAAGCAUGAUUUAGUCACUUUGAUUUCUUUCGAAUGCCAUCCGGCUGGUUAAAAAAACCCACAAACCCCCCUCCAAAAAAAGCCAGAUCAGGUAAAUGUAUUUCAGAUAUACCAUCAGAAUAUGAUUAAUCACCAUGAAAGGCAAUCUCCCCCCAAAAUGAUAGAGUCCCUGUAAAGGUACAGUUCUUAUUAAGGGGGACUCUAUAAGAAGAAUAUUGAGACUCUCACAGCUUUAAUAUUCUAGCAAAGACUGCCAGCUGGACAAUACCCAGUUGGAGAUUGCUGUCCCAAAUUGGCAUACAUUGUUCUUUUCAAGACAGGGGUAUCAACUUCAAUCCCAUACAUUCAUCCAAUAUUCUUAGUAUACACAAAAUCUUGACCACAUGUAUCAAUUACACAAAUUAUAACUUGUAAAAAUUAUAUAUAUAUAUUUUCAGAACAGCACCGCUGUUACCAACUAACUGGAACAAUUGUGUCAUUAAAAGGCCAAAGAUCACACCGCAGAUCAGGGAAAUCAUGAAGCAAAUUUGGUCUUGACGUGGAAAUCCAUUAAGUAACAGAAGCAACUGAACCCACGCACACACAGAAAUACACAAACACUAGCUUAUUUUACAUUGUAUCUAUACCCGAAAACCUGCAUUCUCUUUUAAAAUGGAUUUUCUUUGAAAGCUCAGAAAAUGAAAAACUAAAGUGAUGUAUUUUUGGUAUUAUAGUAGGCAAUUAGUUGAGGUUCAAGUUUAGUUUCAAAAAAAUAUUAUCAGGGAAGAUUCUACUCGUAAAAAUCAUAUUUGUGGGAACGUAGGGAAAGAAGUGUAUGUUGGCAUACCGUCUUUUAAGUUACGAUCACUAUUAUCAUCUUAGAAUUCAGGUUAUGCUUGCUGGUCUUAUGAUUUACAUUUCAAAUUACCAAUUGUAUUUAUGUGUCUAACGCACCCUUCUCUAUAACACAAGUGCAUUAAUUCUGAAUGCUGUGCAAUAUAGCACUACUUCAAGACUCACAACAUUGAAACAAGGUGACAUCCUAAUUGAUCAGUCACCUAUGUGAUUUUGAACAUUAUUUAAUAUGUCUUAAAAACGAAUCCAGAUGGAACAUGAAAGAAAUGAGUUCUGGGUAGUGAUAUGUCUCCUUGUAUGUACAUCUCAAAGUGGGAAAAUAUGCAGUUUUUUCAGUGUAAAAAAAAAACCAGAAUAUGCAGAUCUUGGGUCAUUUGUUCUAUACAGGAUGAUUUUACAUAAUUGGAAACUGAGCUGGGACAUUCAGACAAAAGUGACAAUCCAGGGACAGAAUAGGGGAUAACAGGGGAAAAGAGCAAAUGUUCCCAACACUGAAUGUUUGCAACCUGGUUAAGACAUAGCCUGAUGGCUCUCUAGCAAACUGUAGAAAUAAUGUAGCUUUGGAUAGUUUUAUUCUUUACAGAAUUUCUUAGACUAUAAGGUGAAGCAGCCUGGACAAGAGGUUGUAAACUCACUGUAGGUCAACAAAAUGUUUAUCUUUGAAAACCACUUCUCUGUUUGGUGGGCUACUCUUUCGGGGUCAUUUCCUUCUGCUCUUUCUUAAAUGGAGUUUUCAUUUUGAUGUUAGUUUACGUAGAAUAGUUAGGAUGAAAGAAGAUAUGUAAUUGAAACGAAAACAUUGGACUAAAAUAUCAAUAAUUGAACAUGGUUAUGUUUGAUUAUUAUUUACACGAUGGAAAGAUGCAAUUCUAGUACUUUGUUAGGAAACUGCAUUAAAGCAGUUCUGCCUUGUAUAAUCUGUAAGUACUUAUUAAGACAAAAUGCUUCUAAAGAUACUUAUGAAAUGUAUACAUAUUUUUUCUUGCACGUUACAAAGCAAAUACUCAAUUGCAUAACACAGGUGUUCAAAAAACUUUUUUUAAUGCAUUUUUUUUCUUUCUUUCAUGAGACACUUGAAACCAUUAGAUAGCUCAUUUCACUCUAUCUUAAAACCCUUCCGUUGUCUAGAAAGCUAAUACGGGUCAUACUGGACCUUCGGAUUAAUUGGAUCCACAUUCCCCAAUGACGUUUGCACCACAUUCAAGACAGCCAUGUCAUUGUCAUUUAACUCGUGAGCCUCUCUUUAGAACUAAAAUGGGUGUGAAAGAAUAAAAUUCAGUGUACUGUAAGUAUUCUCAGUAAUUCUAGUAGAAUUAGCUCUCAUAACAUGUUUAUUAUAUAAUGAGCUGGCAUGACACAGAAAUAUAUUUUGUGUUUGUAUGACUUUUAUUUUGAAUAGGCUAAAUCUGGUGCCACUCCAUAUAUAGAGUGCUUUUGAAAAAAAUCAAUAAAAAGAAACAAAAAAAAUAAAUGAGUGAAUGCAAAACAAGCAACUGUGCCUUUUAUACCUGUUGUUAUGGUAAAAAAAAACGGUUGUUGGGUUUGGACAAUGAGGGAAAAUGGGCUAUUCCCAACUUUUUUGAUCCUGUAUAUUUAUCCAUGUUUAUUUUCUGAAGAUAAUAAAUAAUAUAUUAAAAAUUUGCCUUCUGACAAACUCAGAUAAUGGACCAGUCUUAAAUAUCGUUCAUUCAUAAAACAAAACUAAGGCAUUAACAUGGGCUGCUGAAUUCUGACGAGAAGGCUAAAGCAUUUAUUGUAAUAGUAGCACAGAGAGAGAUUAUCAGGGGUGAAAUCAGUCCAUUUUGCAAGGUCAAAUAUUGAUUUCGAAUUUCUAUUCUUUCUUUCUUCUUCGUUGUUAUUUUUCCUUUAGCUGCUGUUUCAUUUUGGUUGUACAGUAUAUAAACCAUACUUGUUUUCUGUACACAAGACUCUCAAGUGAACUUUGCAUGCAUUGUACAUUAGGGCACAUUUAUAAAUUAAUGAGUAACUAUAUAAAUUUAUGUGUAUUAAAAUUUAUGUGUACGUCUGUAGCUUCAGUCUAAAAUCUAAUGCUCAUUCGGAACCUCCAGAUAUCACUUCUGUAUGGUUUCUGACUGGCCUGCUGCCUGAGUUUCAGAAAACAAGGGAGGCAUUAUUUUUAUGGGAAGAGAAACUAAGAUGGUACUGAAGAUGUCUGGCUGAAAGGCUACCCUAGGAAGCUCUCUUAUAGGAAAAUAAAAUAGCACACAGACCAGAAGAAACCGCCAAGAAUCAAGCCAUCCUAAACACAGGCCUGAGAAAGCUGAAGACCCAAGUAGUUUUAGUUUUACUGUAUCCAUGAUAAAUAUGCAAUGUGUCCUUGGGAGGGGGGGGACAGUGGAGAUGAUCAAGAAUAUUCUAAAGCUGGUCAGUUGUGACUGAGGCAGAGGUAGAUACAACAUCUGGAGGAAGGCCUCAUUCUUUUAGCUACCUAGGGUUUACUUUCAGACAACUUUUCCUACAUUUUAAGCACUUGCAUUCAAUGUGGUACGAUCUGAUCUGUUUGUAAUGUUAAUCAUUGACUAUUGUUCUGCUACUUGGAUGUUGAUAGUGAAGCAGAGAACAAUUUAUCAUCGUUUAUUAUGAGUCACUAUGCACGCAACUAUGCUAAACAUGGCGAAAUGUAUUAAACACUCGUCCAACUAUUUAUGAAAUACUUUACAUAAUUUAAUUUGCUUUUGUACAGUUUUAUGUAAAUAAAUUGCUUGUCAUUUUUGUCUCUGCAAAUUAAAAUAUAACAUGGUCAAAUGGUUU